GUACAAACACUGUUUAACAGUGAUUUUGGAGAAGUUUUCAAUAUCCAAUCUCCCAGUGAGGAUGAAAGAAAACAUUUUUUUGAGGACUUGAUCUUGAAUCAAGCUGCUAAACCUCCCGCUUCGAGAAGGAAAGCAGCUGGGCAGACAUUGGAAGUAUUGCCUGUAGCACCACCACCUGAACCUCGACCUCUGACAGAGGAAGAAAUGAAGUGUCUGGAGGAGCAGGAGAAAAAUACCUUGCGUGAACUUCGAAUUUUCUUGAGGGAUGUUACUCACAGACUUGCUGUCGACAGACGUUUCAAGGCCUUCACAAAGCCUGUUGACCCAGAGGAGGUGCCUGACUAUGACACAGUUAUUAAGCAUCCAAUGGAUCUUUCAACGGUUUUAUCUAAGAUUGAUUUGCACCAGUACCUAACUGCAGGAGAUUUCCUGGAAGAUAUUGAUCUCAUCUGUAGUAAUGCCUUAGAAUAUAACCCGGAUAAAGACCCUGCAGAUCGUCUCAUUAGGCACAGAGCUUGUAGUUUGAAAGACACUGCAUAUUCCAUUGUGAAGGAAGAGAUAGAUGAAGAUUUAGAACAGCGUUGUGAAGAAAUUAAAGAAUCUCGUAAGAAAAGAGGUUGCAGCUCUUCAGAAUAUGCUCCAGAUUUCUACACAGUGAUGGCAAAGGAAAACUCUGCUCCUGGAUGUAAGAAAACAGAUGCCGAGUGCAGUGACAAAACAAAGAUGACAGUGACACCUGUAGAUGCCAGUACACCUGUCUCCAAGGAGGUGUCAAAAAGAAAACACAAAAAAACCGAUUCCUCUUUUCCCAUUGCAAAGAGAAGAAGGUCUUUUCAAUUCAGUGAAGAGAAUACAAUUCCCAAAGAUGACCCAAAUGAGAGGGACGGAGAAGAUUUUCUGGCAAGCUAUAUUUCUAACAUGGAUCAGACUGAAUUUGAACGCUCACAGGCUUCUACUUGGGAAGAAAGUGAAACCAUUCUUCAGGAACGGCAGAGAAACAGCAAUGAAAAUAAAGCUGGAUCAGAAAAGGAGAGAGGGGGGGGGGCUUUUUGA